CUACAUGAACGUGAUUCCUCCUUCCAAUGCGUACAAAAACUGAAUCAACUCAUAGAUAAGCGGCAAAACGCUGUCGAAGUCAUCAUAGAUAAGUUUUAAUUCAGUCAAUAGUCAACUCAUACCACAAAAAUUAGAAUUUUAAUCAUGCCUUCAUUAAUAGAAGAUGGAAAAUUGUCCCAUCUGAUGAUGAUACCACUGACAAUAUUCACCUUCUUUCUUAUUGCUAUGAUUUAUUCAAAAAAGACCAAGAAAGUCAAACUGAUCAUCAAUGAGGAGGAAUUAAGAACUAGACUUGAAAAUUACACUCCAGAACCUUUAGCAUCAGUUGUAAAUGAGACAUAUAAAGAACCUAACAUUCCUGAGCAUGUUACCCAGAGCAAUAACUUAUGCAGGAGUGAUUAUUUAUGCUUAACAGAUAGUAAGGAAAUCAAAAACAUUGCCACUUCUUGUAUUAAGAAGUAUGGUGUGGGCUCAUGUGGACCAAGAGGAUUUUAUGGCACAAUUGAUUUGCACUUGGAUUUAGAGACAAGAAUUGCUGAGUUUAUGAAUCUGGAGGAGACUGUUCUGUAUUCCUAUUCAUUAUCAACCAUGUCUAGUGCCAUUAUUGCUUAUUGUAAGAAAGGAGACAUGUUAUUUUGUGAUGAUAAAUUAGCAUCGUCAACAAUUCAGAGCAUUGCAGCUGCUAAAUCAUCAGUAACUUUCUUUAAACACAAUGAUGUGAAGGAUUUAGAGCAGAAAUUGAUUGAUUUUGACAAGGGGCAACAGAAUAAAAAAAUCAAAGCUAGGAAGUUUCUAAUCAUCGAAGGGUUGUACUAUCGUACAGGACAAAUGUGUCCGCUUGUGGAUCUGAUGAAAAUCCGUGAGAAAUAUAAACUUCGCAUGUUUUUGGAUGAAUCACUUUCUUUCGGUACGAUUGGUUCCAAUGGUCGUGGAGUAACAGAACAUUUGAAUGUUGACAGGAGCGACAUAGAUUUAAUUGUUGGUAGUCUAGAAUACGGCAUACCAUCAAUUGGUGGUUUCUGCGUUGGCAGUAACUUUGUCAACGAACACCAAAGACUUUCCGGACUUGGAUAUUGCUUUUCUGCAUCAUUACCACCACUUCACAGCGCUGUAGCUCACCGUAUCAUUGAUAUGUUUGAAACUACACCUGAGUUGUUCACUAAACUGCAUGAAAUCGCUAGGAAUAUUCAUGAUAAAUUGGCAGAUAUCGAAGGAUUUGAAGUUAUCAGUCAUCCUUUAUCGCCGAAGAAGGUUUUGAAGUUGGACGACAUGGACGCGGAGACAUUCUUUGACAAAGCGUUGAAAGCAGGCGUGCUUUUUAAUAACGACGAGGAGAACAUUGUUUCUUUUAAUGUUAAUAUUAAAAUGGACGAUGAGUAUAUUGACAAUUUAAUGGGACUUAUUAAGAAUGUUGUUCAGUAAAGUUUGUGGUGAUUGUUUUACGGUUUUACUAUAGUAUGACGAAAUAGUGAGCACGUUCAGAAUUGAAUUCAGUCUACGCACUACAAAAUAGAGUUUUUAUUGAUAAGUAGAGGCAGCUUGUGAUUUUAUCAGCGUUUGUAUUUUAAUAUAAUUAUAUCGUUGUACGUUUGUAAUAAAACGCUAAGUGACCUCUCAAA